GCGGAAGUAGGGGCGUCCGCGGCUGGGGCUUGGGCUCCGGGCGGGCCCGGGGUCGCAGCUGAAGCGGCCUUCGGGCAGGGAGAUUGGCUUCCAGGUCGCCUCAGCUCGGAAGUGAGGAGCCUUGGCGGAGCCGAGUCGUGCUGCCGGCUGGAGUAGGCGGCCCAGCGGACGAAAGCGAGCAAUUGAUAGUCACGUUACUAUGAGUCUGCUACACUGUGAAAACAGCUGUGGAUCCAGCCACUCUGAAAGUGACUGCUGUGCUGCCAUGACCAGCUCCUGUAGCGCUGCUACGAAAGAUGACAGUGUGAGUGGGACCACCAGCACGGGGAACCUCUCCAGUUCUUUUAUGGAAGAGGUCCAGGGGUAUGAUGUGGAGUUUGACCCACCCCUGGAAAGCAAGUAUGAAUGCCCCAUCUGCUUGAUGGCAUUACGGGAAGCAGUGCAAACACCCUGUGGCCACAGGUUCUGCAAAGCUUGCAUCAUCAAGUCAAUAAGGGAUGCUGGCCACAAAUGUCCAGUUGACAAUGAAAUAUUGCUGGAAAAUCAACUAUUUCCUGAUAAUUUUGCAAAACGAGAGAUUCUUUCUCUGAUGGUGAAGUGUCCAAAUGAAGGUUGUUUGCAGAAGAUGGAACUGAGGCAUCUUGAGGAUCACCAAGCACAUUGUGAGUUUACGCUCAUGAAUUGUCCCCAGUGUCAACGUCCCUUCCAAAAAUGCCAGCUUAAUAUUCACAUUCUUAAAGAGUGCCCGAGGAGACAGGUUUCUUGCAUGAACUGUGCUGUGUUGAUGGCAUUUGAAGAUAAAGAGAUCCAUGACCAGAAUUGUCCUUUGGCAAAUGUCAUCUGUGAAUACUGCAAUACCAUGCUCAUCAGAGAACAGAUGCCUAAUCACUAUGAUCUAGACUGUCCGACAGCCCCAGUUCCAUGCACUUUCAGUACUUUCGGUUGCCAUGUAAAGAUGCAGAGGAAUCACUUGGCUCGCCACCUGCAAGAGAACACGCAGUCGCAUAUGAGAAUGCUGGCUCAGGCUGUCCAGAGUUUGAGCCUUGCCCUAACUCCUGUACCUCCGCGCGACAUGCCGCCGUACGAUUCCUCCUCCGUGUCCCGGGUCUCCGCUUCAUGCCACCCAGAGGUCCAUAAUUUCCAAGAAACCAUUCAGCAGUUAGAGGGUCGCCUCGUGAGACAAGACCAUCAAAUCCGAGAGCUAACUGCUAAGAUGGAAACUCAGAGCAUGCACGUAAGUGAGCUCAAACGAACGAUUCGAACACUUGAAGACAAAGUUGCUGAAAUAGAAGCGCAGCAGUGCAACGGGAUCUACAUCUGGAAGAUCGGCAACUUCGGGAUGCACCUGAAGUCUCAGGAAGAGGAGAAACCCGUUGUCAUUCACAGCCCUGGCUUCUACACAGGCAAACCCGGGUACAAACUGUGCAUGCGCCUGCAUCUCCAGCUACCCACUGCUCAGCGCUGUGCUAACUACAUAUCCCUCUUUGUGCACACAAUGCAGGGGGAGUAUGACAGCCACCUCCCUUGGCCCUUCCAGGGUACAAUACGCCUUGCGAUCCUUGAUCAGUCUGAAGCGCCGGUAAGGCAAAACCAUGAAGAGAUCAUGGACGCCAAACCUGAGCUUCUCGCCUUCCAGAGACCCACGAUCCCACGGAACCCAAAAGGCUUUGGCUACGUGACUUUUAUGCAUCUGGAAGCCCUAAGACAGAGAACCUUCAUCAAGGAUGAUACUUUAUUAGUACGCUGUGAGGUCUCCACCCGCUUCGACAUGGGCAGUCUCCGGAGGGAGGGUUUUCAGCCACGAAGUACUGAUUCAGGGACAUAGCUUCCCUGCAUUUGUUCCAAAACCAAAAGCCAUCUGGAGAAAGCAGUGUCUUUCCUUGCCUGGUUCUCAGUAAGACGCAAACCGAAAAAGAAGUGGGAGGGAUGUAAUACUCACCAGGGAAUGUUGUUCGACGGGUCACUUACCACUUCUUCCUGUUACAAAUCUCUGAAGCGGUUUUUUCCGCCCUUGGGAAUCUACACGUUCUGUGCUUUCUCAAAAACUGAAGUGCCUGUGGCAUAUUGCAGCGGCUCUUUUGUCAUUUAGUAUACCUCUCUGGUGUACCUCCGUGGGCUUUUGCUCAGUGUGUUUGAUUGUUGGAAAGCCCAGGGUUGGACUAGAAAAGCUCAGACCUUUUAAUAAUAAUGGACAUGCCUUAAAACUUCAGCUUAUUUUUAUAUUAUAUGUAAUAUAUUAAACUUGAGAAUCACUACUGCCUCGUGCUGGUGCCAGCGAGAAUUAUUACUCUGGAGCUGAGUUCUCAUUUUAUUUGACCUUGUAUGGAUUUCAGAGGAUUUGAACAUUAAUCCUUGGAAAGCUUAAGUUCUCAUUCACUCUAGCCCCCCUACUCCCAGGGUGUUACUAAGGAUACACAGAAACUAGUUGAAACCCUAAAUAUGACCUUACUUAUUUGGUGUAAACACCUUGUCUUCUUAUUUAAAUAUUCCAUUCUGUCUGGCUUACAUAUUUCCUUAGGGCUACUGGUAGCAUCUUCUCCAGAGUUAAGAAUACUGACAACCACAUGGGUACCGACUGCCAGUGUUAUGCUGUAAAUCCCCUCUCUGUCCGUUCAGUGCAGAGUGAAUUCCAGAGAAGGUACUGAACACCUUUUGGUAGUUGUUAAUUGGAACAAAACUGAUUUCCUAAAAACAGAAUUUCUUAAUACUUGGAAGAUCACUGGAGAUAACCUGAGAGGUCAUCAGAUCAAGGUGGGAAGUCACAGUGGUUCUAUCAGGACUUAGCCUGUGUAGGUUGCUUUGGUCCAACAAUACUUAGUUGAGGAGGUUUGUGUGGAAUGUAUUGAAGUGGCUGAAAGUUCCUAAUAGGGAUAGGGAGAGAUGAUUUUUUGUGCCGUUGAUUUGUUAAGGCCUGUAGAUACUAAAUAUUGACUGAAAUUUUGUUCUCAGGGAGUCCCACAGCUAGUAUAGGCUCUUAGAAGAAUCUGAGAAGACUCACACUCUGUGCUGUUUACACAAGAUUGUUUAAUGCUGUCUGGUCAUGAGAGAUGGAAUUAUAUCUUUCAAGGGGCCAAAUCAGAGCUCCCUGACCAGCAUUGAAGAUGAGCCUUAAUUUCAAGAGGAAGCCAACGGGACCUUGUCUGUGGAGAAGAAGGUUUCAAUUCCAGGUAAACCUAGCAAGUGUCACUUUGACCUUUCCCUGUACUUGUGUUUCUGCCCUUCCUCUCUACCCCGCAUUUAGGCUUCUGCUCUGAUGCAUUCAUGUUACACAGUAAAAAUAAAGGUCAUGCAGAAAUCCUGUUCCUCAGAGUUACCAACCUUACCACCUGCUCAUCACUGGUUUCCAGUUUACUUGCUGGCAGUUGGUGUCCCUUAGCUGUUGUGCCUUCCAACUAGCUCCUGAGAAUCAUUGCAGCACCCCCCUCUGGGUUGGGAGCCCUGCACUGCUACUGUUCUUGUGCUUGUUUGUCAGUGAAUAAUUAUUGAGUUCCAUUUAAGAAGUAAACGAUAAGCUUUUUUUGUUGCAUAGAGAAAGUCUAAAGGAGAUACGCUUUUUUGAACUAUUUUUGAUAACUUCUAGUCUUUGUGCUUUCUUAGUAUGUUUUAUAUUUCCUACAAUAAACCUAUAUUUUUAUCAGAGGGAAAAAAAAUGUUGCCACAAAUCAUUCAACCCCACCAAAAAAGGAAAUACUAUUUAAAAACUUCCUGGUCAGAUUUCUAUUAAAAGCAGGGCUGUGCAUUAGGUACUGAAGCCAGUCAUUUCCUGCUUUGGUUAGUUUAUUUUUUUUUUUCCUACUAACUGUUUAAUCCAAACAAAAGCAGUUUUUUGCCUAAUUUCAACUUCUAGCUUCAAGUUUCUCAUCUUCUAGAAUGAGUUGCUGUAGAUGUGUUUCUAAGGUCCGCUCCAGCCAUAAAAUUCUGUUUUAAGAAAUUAAGUCCUAACCAGCAGAGCGCUGACAAUCCUUAUUAAAGGAUUUUGCUACUAGGAAAUUGCUCUACCUUAUUUUUUGCUGACAUCAUACUUUACUUCAAAUGUCGUAUCCCAUCAGCUGGGUCUCAAUUCAAAUCAGUUUUUUUUUCACCCCCAAACAUGUGGCAUUUUGUAAGAAACCAGGUACUUUAUAUACUGGUCAUUCACUGGGAAUAUGAAAUGAAAGUAAUGUUCAAACUGUCAUUCCAAAUAGAAAUUUUUGUUAAGACUUGACCUCAGAAUCAAGCCUGAGAUGGAAAAGCCGGUCUCUUACAUUUUUUCAGUCUACCCAACUCAAACAUGCCGGCUUCACUCAACCAGCUUUCAAGUGUUUGCACCGUGUAUUUUUAUUUUAUUAACCUUUGAACAUGUUGAUCUUCUGACAUCAUUCCUGAACAUAGCGAAAUCGUUUCCUCUUUUCCCAGAGAGGUCUAACCCAGUGUUGGAGGGAACUGGCCACAAGUCAUGUAUUUGGCUGUGGGAAAACAAGUCAGGAUGUUGAUUAGUAGUUCGGGAGUUUUUACUGUCCUUUGGCCAGGACAGCGGUGAAGCUUCCAGCUAUCGUACAGGAUGAUUCAGCUUUUACUGUGGGGGCCAGUCAAGGGAAAUGGAAUAAAAGGCGAGUUUUUUCCUCUAAUGGUGGGCUAAUACAGAGAUGUUGGAUGAUACCUGACGGUUUUGUGACAGGUGUAAAAUUAAGGUCUCGAUUACUGUUUCUGUACCAGUAAAGUCUUAGAUAAACUAAGCAUGAAUUACGAAUUAGGAAUUAUGCAUGCAGUUAGAAUAUAUCCUCCUGUAAGAGGAGCAGUUGCUUGUCAUUCCUUUAUCCAGGAACCCUCCGAUCUCUGGUGACUGGAAAACAUUUUCAAUUAGGAGAGAGGUUUUUCUAACUUAAGCCUUGAAAGCACUGUACUUCAGUUACUCCAGCUCUCUUCUUGGCUUGCCUCAAUUUAAUUAUGAAUUUCGUUCAUCAUUUAUAUAAAAUACCAUUAGGUCUCUUUUGUGGUGCCUAGUUUUCCCUGUACUUGUGUUUCUGCCCUUCCUCUCUACCCCGCAUUUAGGCUAAAUUUUCCAGAUUCACAUGAUAAGUCACAGUUAAGUGUCACAGUUGAUGCCAUUGCGUUCUAUAGAACGGAGAUGACACUUCCGAAUUCCCAGUCUCCAGAAGUUGAUUUGAUGAAAUCAUUAAUUAGAUGGCUCUCUACAGAUUGUGGUGUUCAAUUACAGCCUUCACUUUCAGUCACACGCUUGGCAAAGAGAGGCCUAUUUGUUUCUCUAAAUGUCACCUAAGCCUUUAAUGUUUUAAAGCUUUUUCCUCCCCCAAAAUUGUUAUUAUAAAGUUAUGAAAUACUGAAAAAUCAUUCUAGAUGGGGCAGGCAUGUUGAGCGAGGAGAUGUGCUCUUUUCUUUCCUCCUCCUAGUGCUCUCAGCUGGACGCUAGCCCCGUGUUUAGGACAAGAGGGAAGGAGAGGCUGACUCUUCUGCUCUCUCAAGGCUUGCCGCUCUGAAUGUCCCCCCUGGAAAGGCACCAGAGAACCGUGGCAAUUACCCCUCCCAGCUGUGGUUUCUGAAAGGAAGAGCCUUCUCCUGUUAGAGCUGCCUUGCCUCUUCCAGCUGAUGGCGUUUAUCCGAGUCCUUGCAGGUAGAUUUCAGGGUAAGAGCUAAAGGGCCAAUGGGAAGAAGAGCACAUGGGUUCCUGUAUUUCGAGAAAGAAGUGCUGCCAGUCUUAGAAGCCCAGAAUUACAGUUUCACUCCUGUCCGAAGGAGAAUGAAAAUCGGGGGGCAGGGCCAGUGUUCUGUUCACGGUUUCAGCACCGUGCCGGGUUUAAGAUACACACUCACAUGUUUAGUAAUGAACUGUUAAUGAAAAAACUGGUUAAAUUGGUUUUAAUUUAAUUUAAAUUGGUUUUAAUUGGCAGUUUAUUUGUCAUGUAAGUUUCAGAUGGCUUGGUGUAGAUGGGUUUGGUUGUUUUGUUCUGUUUUGUUGCUUUUCUCCCCAGUGCUUUCUUUAUGAAAUUUUUCAAACAUGCAAAGACGUUGGAUGAAUUUUGUAGCAAACAGCCACCACCUAGAACUUACAAAUAACAUUUUGUAACAUUAGCUUUAUCGCUUCGUACAUGUUAAUUUUAAUGAGACUUCUUCAAGUUUGGUUUCUCUUUAAAAACUUCAGAUAAUUAAUUAGCUUCAGUCAAGUCAUCUUAAACUCUUUGGGCGAACUUGUGGUAUUUGAGUUGUAGCUAAAAUUGUGGCCUUCACUUUCAGCUAGUUUUCAGUUUGUAAGUCUGUUAUGCUGAAUUUUAAUCUUAUUUAUUUUGCCUGAAGGGAUGCUUUUUAUAAUGGAUUUAUUUGAAAGUUCUUGAUCAGUUGUGCAGAAUAUUCUGAUGUUAUUUUCACACUUGAUAAAUUAUCCAAUUAAUUUCUCUGGUGAGAAUGUAAUUUUUGGCCCAUUUUGCUUACACAGGGUUCCAGGAUUAUGUUCCCAGAGGGCUGGAGAAGCAAUGUAAUUUAGUAUAUAUACCAUUAGAUUAGAAGCUAAGAGACUUAGGUUUUACUCCUGACUGACCAUGGGCAAAUCAUUUCUCUUUGUCUUUGUGUCUGUCUAUUUACUUGUAAAGAGGGAUAGAAUCUAAAAUUUAGAUACAAUUAAGUAACAGGCAACAUUUAUUAAUGCUUGGAUCUUUUAAGAAAGAGGCUUUACGAAUCCAGGGAGGCUACUAUAAUUCUGUAACUAUGCCAAGCUAUGGGGUGGAAACUGAUGUGAAAAAUGGAAGCACAUGCAGGGGUCAAAGUGUCAUCAAAAAGCCUGCUGUGGCUCAGAAUUUACUUUGGCUAGAGGAGUUGUGAGCAGUUUUCCUAAUCCAUCUGGACUCAAAAUAAUGCUUUGUAAGAGGGAGUGAAUGCAAAGAUGAGAGCCAGUGGCUCACCAUAGACUGAAAACCAGUGUUCAGCGGAAGAGUAGGAUAUGUGGAAGGGAGGGCUUAAAGGCAUUAUCCAGAUUCACUGCCACACACCGUUCACUGCUCGCUCCAACCAUCCCUCCAUCCCCAUGCCCAACACAGAGAACAAGCCUCGCACCCCACCCCUACCCCGGUCUCCGGUCAGGUCAGUACAACUGGAUUGCAGGGUUGGUGGAGGGAUCAGCAGGGUCUCCCCUCCAUUUAGUAGAUAAGUGUGACCUGUUCUUUCCAACCCUAGGUUGUGCAUAUAGAUUGAUAUUUCUGUCACAAAGGCACUUGGAGAUUUUACAUUACAUCAUGUCUUGCUGGUGGUUACAAGAAUACGACCAAAACCGUGUUUCUUGAAUGGCACCUUCCUGAAUGUUAAUGUCGACGAAGACAGAGGCCAGACUGACAGUUCUGCCCACUCCCAUCUGUUGUGGAUAUUCUCUUCUCAGCCUGCAUUUAGCACUGAUAGCUUUACCAAAGAAGUAGUCCUACUUAAAAUGAACUAUAUAUAUUAGAAUAUAACUGGUAUUCCGAGUGUUUGUUUUAAUAAAAUAACCACACUGCUUUGA